GAACCCUCGAGGCUGUGGGGAGAUUAAAAACGAGGAGCGAGUAAUAAAUCAAUCCCCAGUUGCCUGAGGAAGGGCGGCCGGAGACAGAGGCAGGGCACUGGUGGAGAGCGCUCCCGCGGGCCGUCGGAAUGCACCUGAAAGACAAAGUGGCUCUGGUCACGGGGGCAGCGCAGGGCAUCGGGAACGCCUUCGCCCGAGCCUUGCUGGAGAAGGGCUGCAAGGUAGCACUUGUGGAUCAGAAUGUGGAACAAGGAAAAGCAAGCAAAGAUGCCUUUGACAAGCAGUUUGAAGCACAGAGGACGAUAUUUAUUUCUUGUGAUGUUUCAAGUGAAGAAAAACUAAAAGAUGCUUUUAAAAAGGCAUUUGAACAUUUCGGAAAGCUGGAUAUUGUGGUUAACAACGCUGGAGUCAAUAAUGAAAAAAACUGGGAAAUCACAGUUCAAGUUAACUUGAUUUCAGUGAUCAGAGGAACAUAUAUCGGCUUAGAACACAUGAAAACUCAAAAUGGACAUAAUGGAGGAGUUAUUGUUAAUGUAGCAUCACUAGCAGGACUUAUGCCUGUUGCAUUCCAGCCAGUGUACAGUGCUUCAAAGCAUGGGGUAAUUGGAUUUACACGUUCGAUAGCCAUGGCUUCUGAGGCAGCAAACUAUGGCGUACGAAUAAAUACCAUCUGUCCUGCUUUUGUCAACACACCAAUUCUUCAAUCAAUAGACAAGGAGGAAAACAUGGGUCAAUAUGUUGCAUACAUCGACAAGAUUAAAGAUAUGAUGGAAGUCUACGGCGUAUUGGAACCAACACUAAUUGCCAAAGGAUUGAUACAAAUCCUUGAAGAUGAUUCAUUAAAUGGACAAGUUAUGAAGAUAACAACGACGCGAGGAAUUCAUUUUCAUGAAUACAACACAGCACCCAUUGAAACAGGGAAUUCUAAUUUGUGACGGUUUUCAUUCCUGAAAUGAAAUUGUUUUGAGUUGUAAAGCAAUGCUAAUGGUACACCUGAGUUCUAAAUAUUGCCGCCAAUAUUCCUUGUGUGAGGGAUUA